AUGUCAGACCUAAGGAAGUCACAACAACCACUCAAUUCCUUAUGCAAAAAUUUUCAAGGCGAAUUAUCAGAACUUCGAACAAGUCGACGCCAAGAGUUAUUACGCUCAAAACGAAAUAUUCCAUCCCUCAAACCAUCACACGCCAAACUCACGACACUCCCAACCCCAGAACAACUCAUUAAUUACGCAGAGACUGGGUUAUCUGGUAACACCGAUUCAAUGGACAUUCUUCUCGACUGUGUAAACCUCGACUCGAAGUAUGUAUUUGACUUAAUAUCAAUUGGAUUUUAUUCACGUGGGUUCACUACCCUUCAAACUCUUUCCUCUCCAAUUCUCUCGCAAUUUCUAAGAAUCUGCUCCAAUUCCGUAUCAAGCAAAAACACAGAAGAAAUAACAAAACAUUUUAUAUCGUUGGGUCUCAUCAAUGCACUUGAUUGGAUGUUCUCAUUGAACGAAGAGGACGUCGUCAAAAACGGACUUUGGCUGAUUUCAAAUUGUUUUACAGACUCACAAACGAUCAAGAAACAGUUUUUGUCGGUUGGGAUAUGCGACAAAGUCUUGAAUCUUGUCACUCGAAUGCCAACCCAAGACAUCAUCGCAACUUCCAUUUGGUUUGUCUCGAAUAUUUGCAACUCGAAUCUAUUUGAUGUUGCUCUUGAUAUCACACGAAUCAUUCAAUUUGUAUGUACCAUAUUACAGAACAAAAAUUGUUAUAAUACCAAUGUAGUCGAUGAUGCCGUGUGGUGUCUUGUAUUUCUCUGUGAAUGGGAGAAGUACAGUCAAUUCUUAUUUACUGAGCAAAUCUUCAAAUUAGUGUUUUCGGUGAUUGUUGAGCCUUCUUGUGCUUACUCUUGUGUUAGUUUUUUUAUCAACGUGUCGUACAACAACGAAGACGGAAAGUACAUUUCAAUGUUAGUCGCAGAUGGCAUUUUUGGGUAUCUUGAGAAAAUCAUCCACUCAGCAACGCCAAAAACAAUGAAAAAGGCGUUUAACUGUGUUUCGAAUUUGAUUGGGAAUCCGGACCCUUCCCCAAUCGAAGUACUUGUGAGUACAACACAAAUAUUACAAAUCGCAUGUGACCAAGUUUCAAAUGAAAGAAAUGGGUAUAAAUUGAGAAUAGAGAUGGCAUUUGUCAUUACCAAUUCUUUAUAUGGCACAGGUGGCGAGUUAGUUAAUUUGAUAGUAACGAAGUGUCCAAAUCUAUUCGAAACCCUUGUAUAUAUAUUUAAGACUAUGAAUAAUGACUCAUUCCUCUUAAAUUCGUUAUUAAAAGUAAUUGGCGAUCUCAUAGAAUUGUAUUAUGAAAAUGGCACAAACAUUGUUUGUGUUUUAGAGACUUAUUCAUUCGACGAGACACUCCAUGAAAUAUUAGCACGACCAAAAACUAAAGAAAGUGUUAAGAACACAAUCAAGAAGUUUUUGUGCUUGUAUAACACGUACAACACAAAAGACCGUGGAUUUGGAGAACUUUAA